UAGUAAGAUAAUGUAUGGAAUAAACAUCCUUGUUGGCUUUUCGUUUAAAAGUAAAAUUGGACCUUAAAAGAAACCUCGGUGAAUGACAUUUCAAAUACCAGCUUAGAUUUCACUUAUAUACUUUUCUGAAGUUCAAUAAGUUGACGUAUUUUCAAGUGAUGGAGAUUGCAUCUGAAGAAGUUGACAUCGGCGAAGCAGCCACAGCACUAGGAGCAGCAUGCGAAAUAACAAAUCCGGCUAUGCACCCAACCACUGAGACUGACAGCAAUAGCGCCUACGCGCCGGUGUGCAGCCCGUUCGACUACUCCGCCACUGUUGUUCGUCUAUCUGCUUGUUGUCAUGGAGGAGCCAAGAUGGCGGUCCUGGCCUACAGCCUGGGUAAACGAGAAAUAAAUCAGUAUUUUAGCAUUAAAAAUGCAAAGGUACUCUCGUUUGCCGCAGUCGUUCUUCUUAUCGCAUUUCACUCUGCAUCACGGUACUAUGGAGGUGGAGACACAUGCGAAUGGCUGCUGUCCAGCGGACGUUUUUUGGGGGAGAAUGUGUGGCAGCCUUAUGGCUGUAUGAUGCACAAGUAUAAAAGCACGGAAGCAAAGUCUUGCCUCAGCCACAAGAGAGUAGCAUUUAUUGGUGACUCCAGAAUUCGGCAACUUUUUUAUUCUUAUAUCAAAAUUAUUGACCCUGAACACAGAGAAGAAGGAAUCAAGCAUGAAAAUAUCCCCUUCGAAGAUCGGGCUUCCUCUCUCAAAGUGGAUUUCUUAUGGUACGCAGAAGUGAACAACUCCCUGAAGGAACAUCUAAAACUAUGGGUAGAGAAUAUGUCUGCAAAACCAGACGUCAUCAUAAUUGGUGCCGCAACGUGGUCCAUCAAACUCCACGGUGGCAGCAGCGAGACUGUGCUCCAGUACAAAGCCAACAUCACGGUCAUAGCGCCAUUGCUGGAGGCCCUAGCUGAGGACAGCGAGGUCUACUGGGUUUUACAAGAUCCUGUCCAUGAGGAGCUGCUGAGUGAGAGCCGUAAGAUGAUCACCAACGAGGAGAUCGACAUGUACAACGAGGCAGCCGUGAGCGCCCUCAACAGCAGCAAGAGGAACGCCAAGGCCAAAGUCCGAUUCUUGGAGGCCAAACGGCAGGCAGCCAUGGAAACCAUUGCUCAGUCCGAUGACGGCUUGCACCUGCCUGAGGGCACCAGAAAUGUGGGUGCCAUGGUGGUGAUGAACGCGGUCUGCAACAAAGUGCUGCAGCCCAUCGACGGCUCCUGCUGCCAGGCCCUCCCUGCCCCUAGUGCCCUGCAGAAAUUGACGGCCGGGGCCUUCCUGGUCUGCAUGGUUGGCUUCCUGGUGCUCCACGUUCUGGGCUACCGGCACCAGCGCAAGACCCGUCCACCGGUCCCCCCCGACUUGGAGAGCGGGGAGGAAAAGAAGAAGCCAAACUCGGCGGUGGCAGCUCUCAACUCCAGGGGUCCGCUGCUGUCCGUGUGCAAGAUGGGCCUGAUCAUGGGCUACUUCUACCUGUGUGACCGCGGCGACGUCUUCAUGAAGGAACAGAAGUUCUACACACACUCCUCCUUCUUCAUCCCCCUCAUUUACAUGUUUGUGCUAGGGAUCUUCUACAACGAGAACAGCAAGGAGACCAAAUUACUGAACAGAGAGCAGACAGAUGAAUGGAAGGGCUGGAUGCAGCUGGUCAUCCUCAUCUACCACAUAUCAGGAGCGAGUGCAUUCCUACCGGUCUACAUGCACGUGCGAGUUCUCGUGGCGGCGUACCUUUUUCAGACGGGAUAUGGCCACUUCUCUUUCUUUUGGCUCAAGGGAGACUUUGGCCUCUACCGAGUGUGCCAGGUGCUGUUUCGGCUCAACUUCCUGGUAGUUGUGCUGUGUUUGGUCAUGGACAGACCGUACCAGUUCUACUACUUUGUUCCGCUGGUGACCUUCUGGUUCGCCGUCGUCUACGCCACCAUGGCUCUCUGGCCCCAGAUACUGCAGAAGAAGGCUAACGCUAACGGUAUAUGGAAUCUCGGGAUCCUUAUGAAGCUACUCGGCUUGCUGCUCUUCAUAUGUUUUUUUGCGUAUUCACAGGGGCUCUUUGAGAGGGUCUUCUUCAUCUGGCCCAUUUCAAAGCUCUUUGAAUUACAAGGAAGCAUCCAUGAAUGGUGGUUCCGUUGGAAGCUUGAUAGAUUUGCUGUGAUUCAUGGGAUGGUGUUUGCCUUCACCUACCUGGCGCUGCAGAAGUGUCAGCUCCUCUCCGAGGGCAAAGGGGAGCCUCUGUUCUCCACGCGAAUCUCCAACUGCCUCCUCUUCAUAUCGGUGGUGUCGUUCAUGACCUACUCCAUAUGGGCCAGUAGCUGCAAGAACAAAACGGAGUGCAAUGAGAUGCACCCUUACAUCUCUGUUGUGCAGAUCCUGGCGUUCGUGCUUAUCCGGAACAUUCCUGGCUACGCGCGAUCUCUGUACAGCUCGUUUUUUGCGUGGUUUGGGAAGAUUUCCCUAGAGCUCUUCAUCUGCCAGUACCACAUCUGGCUAGCGGCCGACACCAAGGGCAUCCUGGUCCUUGUGCCCGGCAACCCCUCGCUCAACAUCAUCGUCAGCACCUUCAUCUUCGUGUGCGUGGCGCACGAGAUUUCGCUGAUCACCAAUGACCUGGCGCAGGUGGUGAUCCCCAAGGAGAACGGGCCGCUGCUCAAGAGGAUGCUGGCCCUGACCGCCUUCCUGGGCGCUCUGCUGUUGCUCUCCAGGGACCACUGAGGAGAAGAAGGAAGAGGGUGGGCGACCGGAAGGGAAGUAGAUGGGACACAACGUGACGUGACGCGGGGAAGAACUGGUUACUUGGAACUGGUUCGCUGGGUUUCUGGAGAAGAUGGAGGACGAGGUCGAGUCAGUUGUGAAGGAGGGUUACUUACCAGCUAGACUUGUCGGGAGCGUCGGAGGAAGGACUUAAAAGGCAUUGAGGGGAGGAGCUGAGAGAUGUGCCUUCCGGCUGUGCUGCUGUGAUUGGUCAGGAUCCUUGGAGUAGAAAGAUUUGCAGGCAGCUCCCGUUUUGUGUGAGGGGAGUGAUGCUCGCGCUGCGCAAAUGAAUCGGGCUGAAUUGCCGACGCAGACACGGACGAGGUUCUCCCAGGUCGUUCCCCUCGAAGCUCUUCAACAGCAGUUUUCAUAAAUCUCAUUGAUAAGUUUGUUUACAGUCAGCAGAUACAUAUAAACAAAUGUCUCGUUGAAGGCCUAGAAUGGACCUAGAACCUAGAACGGACCCUAGAAUGACUGACACUUUCUAGACGAGAGCGGUUCCUUCUCCGUCCAGUCGAGAACACCGUAGCUGUACAGAUGAUUUAAAAAAAAAAAAAAAAAAAAAAAGUUUUGAUUUCUGAAAAUCUGAAUUGAUUAUUUUGCCUUUGCACUGACCGGUGCUGUGAUGUCAUAGCUCUGACACCGCUUUGAAUUCGAUGUACAGUAUUUAAUGUUUUAAAUUAAGCUUAUAUUUUAUACAGGUGUAUAUUUGUUUAUGUAUUUCGAUGUUCGUUUUCAUUCUCCUCUGGCUUUUUCCUCUCGUUGCUGUGUUUGUGUCCAUGACUACUGUAUGUGAAUGAAGUACUGGCGUAUGCAUUCAUUCUCUCACCUCAUAGUAGAGUGGCUUUAAAGUCAGUCACGCAUUAAAUGAAAGGGCAGGACUUACAGGUCAUUGGUGAAUGUUCCACUGUUACGUGAAUCUACCCCAAUGAAAGCAGCAGUCUUCAGUAGGCUAUGUCUUGACUGUUAAGGACUGUUUCCCCACCAUUUCUACAUCCAAACGGCAGCAAAAAAAAAAACAACAACAUGAUUUCAUUUUGUAUAUCACCAAGUGUUGGUGAUUUAACCACUGAUAAUGAAUGCCAAUGUUUUGAGAAAGCACAGGCUUUUUUUUUUGACAUUUUACUGAUAUUUAAUGACAUUGUAUUGAAGGCUUAUUACUGCUGCAUAUUAGUUCCAUUUGCUUGACGCAGUAGCAUUUCUCCCAGUGGACACACACGCACACGUCUCAGCGGUAGACACUACUGUGUGAAUGUUCGACAGGGGCAGUAGCUAAGCUAAUGUGUUUUUGUGUGUCUGAAAGCACAGAGCCUACAGGAGUGUCUGAUUGAUACAUAAACACAGGAUGAAUGCUGGGAGGUGGAGCAACACUUUUCAUUUUGUUAAGGUUUGCAGUGUUCUUGCUUUUGUAGUCUGUUUACACCUUGAUGCUGUGUGAUUAUGGCUAGACUAAACUACAGUCAUGUGAAUAGCGCUAUCUGUAUAUUCAUUGGUGUGCACUGUCAGUUGUCCACUGAAGAUAUACCAAUAGACAUAUCAUACAGUGGCACCACAAUAACACCUAGUAUACCUAGUUUACACAGUAACAACAAGAAUUACUCAAUGUUCAACCCUGUGAAAAGAGAAGUUAACUUUGCUUGUUUUUCAACUAAACCUCCAGCAAAGCAUAUUGUACAGUGUGUAAAUCAAAUUUUAAGGCUACUGUUCCCUUAAAUGUGGGAUGUCUUAGUUGAUGUGCCAUGGCUUUCCUGAUGAAAGGGGUUUGUGUAUUCUCUUCCUCUGUGACAGGAAACCGUAGCAACUGCUGCUGCACCGUCAUUAGCUAUAUUUUAAGCGGGAUACAUUUAUGGGUCCUGUGUUCACUUUCUUUCAGAAAAACAAACAAACAAAAUGGCCUGUUCUGACCAUGCGGAUCAUUUCUGCAUAAGAAGUCUGGCAUUUUCUUCCAUUGUAGGGAGGCAUUUAACCUGUGACAAGGAAACCAAGUGAACUUCUGUUUCACACUGCUAACAAACCGUGGUGUGCUUCUGUUUUCUUUUAUGGGCGUUGCAGCUGCUCGACAAUGGGGCAGCUUCACGUUCUCACACACUCAGUGUUUGCUUAAAUGGAGGUUAAUUUCAGUGUACUGUAUAAAGGCUAUUCUGGGACAUGUGGAACAUCACGUGACCAUGUUCAGAACUUCCUGUGUUUGUUCUGUUGUGGUUUUUCUCUCUCUCUCUCUCUUUUUUUUUUGUAUAGUUGGAUUGGUAUAUAUUUAAACAAGACAAGCUUUAUCCCAGGGCCUUGACAGAGAUUUGUUUUUCUUUGUAAAUACAUUGGUGGUGUCUUCAAAUGUGAAAAAAAGAUGACCUGUUUUUAUUUUCAGAACAAUUUGUUUGAACCUGUUGUACUCUUCAUUGUUAUUGCCGAUAAAGAUGUCCUUGGA